AUGAUAGUGGUUUUGUUGCUUGUCAUCUGCACAUCGACUUAUAUUAGAUAGAUGAAACCUGAUUUUAUAAAUUCACACAGACAUGGGUUUAGAGGUUUCUUUAGAAGAAGCGCUGUAAUAGGAGUAUUUGAACGAUUAUAUUAUAUUAAGGAUAGAUUAUCACCAUUAGUAUCAGGUUCAUGUUUUAUUAUGGCUGCUUAUGUGUUGUUAAUAAGAUGA